AACAAUCUAAAAUCGGAAAAUCAUCGCUCUCCCUGACAGAUCCAUGUUUAAGCUGUGAAGAGAACGAAGUCCUAGUUUUCGCAAAUUAAGUAUUAAGAUUUUGUUAUUUUAGUAACUAGCAAAAGGUACAAGCAAUGUCUGCCAGAUACGAUCGUGCCGUGACAGUUUUCUCUCCAGAUGGUCAUCUAUUGCAAGUGGAAUACGCACAAGAAGCUGUUCGCAAAGGUUCGACUGCGGUCGGCGUUCGUGGCAAAGAUGUCGUUGUACUAGGAGUUGAGAAGAAGUCGGUCGCUAAGUUACAGGAAGAACGAACGGUGCGUAAAAUCUGUCUGUUGGAUCACCAUGUAGUAAUGGCAUUUGCGGGUCUUACCGCUGAUGCUCGCAUUCUGAUCAAUCGAGCUCAGGUUGAGUGUCAAAGCCACAAACUUAACGUUGAAGAUCCUGUUACACUUGAGUACAUUACGCGGUUCAUAGCUGGAUUGAAACAAAAGUACACUCAAAGCAACGGGCGUCGCCCGUUUGGCAUAUCCUGCCUGAUUGGUGGAUUCGAUUAUGACGGAUUGCCUCAUUUAUAUCAAACAGAACCGUCCGGAAUUUAUUACGAAUGGAAAGCGAAUGCUACCGGUCGGUCUGCGAAAACUGUGCGGGAAUUCCUGGAGAAGUACUACAGCAAUGAGCAGGUUGAAACAGAGGAGGGUGCGAUUAAACUGGCGAUCAAGGCACUGCUCGAGGUAGUACAGUCUGGACAGAAAAACUUAGAAGUGGCGGUGAUGAAACGAAAUCAACCGAUGCAAAUGCUCGAUGCUGAAACUAUCGCCAAGUAUGUUUCAAUCAUAGAGAAGGAGAAGGAAGAGGAGGCAGAAAAGAAAAAGCAGAAAAAGUAGAUUUUCCUUUCGGGUAAGAACAAUAAAUUUCUUUUCUUUAGAUUUGGUAAUUUUAACUCACUGUGUUUGAAUAUACAACUGCUUGUUUCGGUAACGUGACAACGAAAA